UUUAUUUUAGAACUUAUAAAACAUGUUCUAUUGUUAAUUGCCUAGUUAGGGUUUUCUGCUAUCUUUAUGCAAAUCUUUAAUCAGUAAUUUCAUAUAUUGUUAGUUAAUUAGCUGAAAUUAGUGAUUUUAGGAUUAGGGUUUGAAGAAAGUUGAGGACUUUUUGGGAUUAGGUAUGCAAUCUCGAAGACACCAAAAUUUUGGUACGGAAUCUUCGUAUGGGAGGACACGUAGAGAUGGUGAUAUGGGUUUAGAUGGCUAUUUACUGAGUCCACGGAGAAUGGAGGUUCCGGGGUACUCAGAACGAGUAUUGGGUCGUGGGCGAAGGAGUAUUUCGUUGGAAAAACGGAGAGUAGGAGAUGAUAGGAGUAGGAGGGUUCGGUCUAGGUCUAGGUCGCCGGGUUUUAUUAUGGAGGAUAAAAGAGUAGUGGGUGGACGUAGGAGUGUCUCGUUGGAGAGGCGGAGAGUGGUGGAGGAUAGAAGUAGGGGAAUGCGGUCUAGGUCGCCGGAUUUUGUGGAGGGUAAAAGAGGGCGUGCGUAUUAUAACGAGGAAUGGGUUAUGGAGAGGGAUUUGGUUAGUCCUGAAAGGCGGUCGAGAUAUGAUUUUGUGGAACGUAUGGAUAGGAAACACGAGGAUGUUGAUUAUGGACGUGGUCCGUCCAGGACGAUAAUGAUUGAUGACAAAUUUGAGGAUAGGAGGUUAGAUAGUGGGAUGCGUGAGAUUGGAACUCAUAAGUCUGCUGGUGUAGGACUGUAUAGGUCGAUGGGAGAUGUGGGACCCGUUAUGAAAAGUAAUACUGGUGGUGAACUCACGUCAGCUUCUUUGAGCAUUGGUUUAAAUCAGCUCGGGAAAGAAAGAGUUGAGUAUCCAGAUAUACGAGAUUCGUUUUCAUUUGAUAAAAGUAUGGCUAAUCUGAGGGAUAGUUAUUCCGGUCUGACUGCAUCUAGGUCUAAGGAAUCUAUGGGUGUAUCUCAUUUCAAAGAUUAUGAAAGAUUAUCUCCAAGAAAGUCGAGGGUUGAUGAAUUAGGUUAUCAAAGUGGUAUUCCUUUGCCUCGAGACAAACAUCCAUUGAACUCGGGGCUUAUACCCGAUCCUUUACCACAUUCCGGAUAUGAAGAAAGGCACCAUUUGGAGCGUGGAAAAGACAGAGAGCUUGAGAUUAAUGAGGAUAUGGGUCGAUACCGACAUGAGGGAUUUAGUCCUCCAAGGACUGGGCAUCCUGAUGCUUUGCGUGGUCAACCACGAAUACGAGAAAGAGAUGACUUUUUAUAUCCAUCUGAUGAAAUCUACGAAAAGAUGAAUCUGCGUGAAAGAGAGGACUACAGUGAUAGAGGUAUAUUAAGAGCGAGUUUGUUAGAGCCUGUUACACAGCGGACAGAAAUUUCUGAUUUUGCUCGUAGGAAUAUGAGCAGUAGAAGUUUAUCGGACCAUCUUUCUUUAGAGAAGCUAGCAGCCUCAAAUAACGUUGGUUUGAACCGCUCGCCACGUGAAAAAAGAGAAACUUUACAGUAUCCUGAUCCUGCUAGUAUUCAUUCCCGUCUUGGGAGGAAACUUCCCAGAGAACAAGAAAUUCCAUACAUGGGUAUGCCACAAGAUCAUGAAAUAGAACGAAUCAGAGUCGAUUAUGACUAUAAACGAAAUUAUGACUAUAAACGAGAAUAUGAUUACAAACGAGAUUAUGACUACAAUCGAGAUGUAGGUUCAGGAUCUCAUGAGGAAGGAAGGAGAAGCUCUCCAGGGUUUUUAUAUGAAAGAACACAUAAAAUGGAAGAGCGUGAUCUUUCCCCGUAUGACUCAUCAAGUAGGAUUAUGAAGCGGAAAUACAUAAUGGAAGAUGAAGAAAAUAGGACAACUUCUAGAACUAUGAUGAGUAGAUUGGAUACUGUCGGUAGAAGACACAAUCGUGACUUUUAUGACAAGGAGUGGAUAGAUCAAGAUGGCAGGGGUUCAAACUUUGCUAGAAGAAAGGACCACACUGAUGGAUUCAUUAGAAGAGUAGACACAGGUUAUGAUGAUGAGUUUUUAUCAUACGAUAAUGAGGAAUAUUUGCAUGACCAUCCUAUGAAAUCUUAUAAACAUGAGGAUAAGUAUGCAAAAGGUUAUCCAAGAUCUGGUGGUCGAGGUGGGUAUAAUUCAUACCCUUCACAUAGAAGACAUGUUCAUCCCAAUUGGAAAAAUGCGCCGAUAAGACGUGAACAUGAUAAGGAAGUGGACAUGUAUUCAGGUGACACUGAAAGGUAUGAUCCACAUGAAGAUACUGAGAAGUUCAAACAGCUGGUACAUGAUUAUUUUUUGUCUUUCACCAAAAAGUUGAAUGAUACCCCAAGCGUGCGGAGGAAAUACUUGGAGCAUGGGCAGGCAGGUAGCGUAUACUGCAUCGUAUGUGGAAGAAGUGUCUCGAAGGAGUUCUUAGACACUCAACGAUUAGCAAUGCACGCUUUCAUGUCCCACAAGGUUGGGAUGAGGGCUCAACAUUUAGGACUCGUCAAGGCAUUAUGUGUUAUGUUAGGUUGGAAUAGUGCUAUUCCUGUAGGAACUGUUAGAUGGUUCCCGGAGACCCUUUCCAGUAAAGAAGCCUGGGUUCAGAAAGAAGAUCUUAUAAUCUGGCCCCCAGUUGUCAUAGUUCAUAACAUUUCUAUUACAAACAAUGAUUCAAAUGGCCAGGGGCCCACUACCAUAGAAGCACUUACACAAUUUCUCCGAGGCGUAGGUCUAAGUGGUGGGAAAGUCAAACAUGGGAAAGUUGCAAACUGCAGCAUAAUGCUGGUCAAAUUUCUGGGUACAUUUUCUGGGUUACAAGAUGCAGAGAAAAUUCAUCAAUAUUUUGUGAGGAACAAACAUGGACGAAGAGAUCUGGACAAAGUCUCUUCUAGCAAGGGCAAGAGCAGUAAUAGUGAGGAAGGUGAAAGUAAAGAGGCUGAGCGUGUGCUGUUUGGGUACAUGGGUAUUGCUGAAGAUUUGGAUAAAGUCAACGCUGAUACGAAAAAGAAGUGUAUAAUCAAGAGCAAGAAGGAAAUUCAUGAGUUUGCUGAUGGUCCUGUGAAACCCGAGUAAGGAAUCAUCAAGUCAUGAAUUUUUUAUCUUGUUGCUUAUUUUGGAUUAGUUGAAAACUGAGAUCUAGGGUCUGGCUGUUAUACAUUUACUUAGCUAAAUGAUGGCCAUUAGCUAAUAGGUUUACAUACACUUGGAUUUUGCAAAUCAAACAAAUGUAAUGCUGAUGAAACAUACAAAGGCCAGUCCUUUUCCUCGUA